GUCGCGGCGGCCGGGGAAGAUGGUGGAGGACGGCGCGGAGGAGCUGGAGGACCUGGUGCACUUCUCCGUGUCCGAGUUGCCUAGUCGCGGCUACGGCGUCAUGGAGGAGAUCCGGCGGCAAGGCAAACUGUGCGACGUGACGCUGAAGCGCCCUGGAGGCUCUGAUCAACUUUGCCUACAACGGCCACCUUGCCAUUGACCAGCAGAACGUGCAGUCGUUGCUGAUGGGGGCGAGCUUCCUGCAGCUGCAGAGCAUCAAGGACGCCUGCUGCACAUUCCUUCGAGAACGUCUCCACCCAAAAAAUUGCCUGGGUGUCCGCCAGUUUGCUGAGACCAUGAUGUGCGCUGUGCUGUACGACGCGGCCAACAGCUUCAUCCACCAGCACUUUGUGGAGGUGUCCAUGUCGGAAGAAUUCCUGGCCCUGCCCUUGGAAGACGUGCUCGAGCUGGUGUCUCGGGAUGAGCUGAAUGUAAAGUCAGAGGAGCAGGUCUUUGAAGCUGCGUUGGCCUGGGUCAGAUACGACCGGGAGCAGAGGGGGCCCUGCCUGCCCGAGCUGUUGUCCAAUAUCCGCCUGCCCCUCUGCCGGCCCCAGUUCCUGUCAGACCGUGUGCAGCAGGAUGACCUGGUGCGUUCCUGCCACAAAUGCAGGGACCUGGUAGACGAAGCAAAGGACUAUCACCUCAUGCCGGAGCGCCGGCCCCACCUGCCGGCUUUCAGAACUCGGCCUCGCUGCUGCACGUCCAUCACGGGCCUUAUCUAUGCCGUGGGGGGCCUCAACUCAGCAGGUGAUUCCCUGAAUGUGGUGGAAGUGUUCGACCCCAUCGCCAAUCGCUGGGAGAAGUGCCAUCCCAUGACAACAGCCCGCAGCCGCGUCGGUGUGGCUGUGGUGAACGGGCUUCUCUAUGCCAUCGGGGGGUAUGACGGCCAGCUACGGCUGAGCACUGUGGAGGUCUACAACCCAGAGACGGACACGUGGACCAGAGUGCGGAGCAUGAAUAGCAAGAGAAGCGCCAUGGGGACGGUCGUGCUGGAUGGACAGAUCUACGUCUGUGGGGGCUAUGACGGCAACUCUUCUCUCAGCUCUGUGGAGACCUACUCACCCGAGACAGACAAGUGGACAGUGGUGACCCCGAUGAGCUCAAGUCGCAGUGCUGCUGGGGUGACGGUGUUUGAGGGCAGGAUAUAUGUGUCAGGUGGCCACGACGGUCUGCAGAUCUUCAGCAGCGUGGAGCACUACAACCACCACACGGCCACCUGGCACCCAGCCGCCGGCAUGCUCAACAAGCGCUGUCGGCACGGAGCCGCCUCCCUGGGAAGCAAGAUGUUCGUCUGUGGGGGCUACGACGGCUCUGGCUUCCUCAGCAUCGCGGAGAUGUACAGCUCCGUGGCCGACCAGUGGUGCCUGAUCGUCCCCAUGCACACACGCCGGAGCCGGGUCUCCCUGGUGGCCAGCUGUGGGCGCCUCUACGCCGUGGGGGGCUAUGACGGACAGUCAAACCUCAGCUCAGUGGAGAUGUAUGACCCAGAGACAGACCGCUGGACGUUUAUGGCCCCCAUGGCAUGUCACGAGGGAGGGGUUGGUGUGGGCUGCAUCCCUCUCCUCACCAUCUAAGGCAGAGCGGGGGAUGUGGCGGGGUAGGGAUCUGGUACAAACAUAGGCACUCCCUUCCAGGGACAGGCCCUCUUGGGAGAGGGGGAGACCAGAAGAUGGGGUGAAUGUGAGCUCACUGGAGGUACAGCUUUUCCAGGUGCUUACAUCCUCCCUCACCGCGCUGCGCUCGGGACCUUCAAGCCUAGGUCACCAAGGUGUACCGUGUGGGGCAGAGCCCCUCUGUGUUCCGCAGCUGGUGACACAGGACUGCUUUGCUGGUCCACACGUACACAGGCUCCAUCCAAGCCCAGCUCCCACCUGCCACGCAAAAGGCCUGCCAUCUGACGCUCCUCCUUGCCUGCUGCUCUCCAGCCAUGGUGUGGCCAAUCUGCAAUGGGGUGGCUGCAGUGACCCACCCAGCCUGUUGGCAGCUGGGGUGCGGCUGGGGGAGGAAGGACGCGCUCGGGGUGUCCUCGUUGCCUGUGGUGGUGCCAUGACAGCACCGUGCUGCUUGCACACGAGCACCUCCCUCUUCCAUCCGAGGGCACAGAGGACUUGGUCCUCAUUGCUGGGUAACCGGGGAGAACAGAAGCUCUUCCUGUGUCGAGUUUUGGGAUUUCAGUGAGGUCUUUUCAUCU